UACGGAGCGGUCGCACCUCAGGCCCCGCGCGGGGCCGCGUCGCUGCUGCCGCCGCCGCCGCCGGGCCAGCCACCGCGCGGCAUGAAGGGCUGGGGUGUUGCUGCGCCCUCCCGCUCGCUCCAACGCCAUGGACUGCCUGCGGAGCCUGAGCCGGUUCCUGCCCCGGCGCACGCGGUGUCCUCUGGCCCGGGGCCUGACCCUUGGGGCGCGCCCCGUUGCCGCCUGCGGCCGCGCGGCCCAACUCCUCGGGCAGAGCCGGGCCGCGCCGCCGUGCGAGCCCCGCCGGCCCCGCGUGGCAGGUGAAAUGCGCCGGUUCAGAACUUCGGAUGCCUCUCAAGCUACUUUAUCCAGUGUAGCGCCACUGUUUACUGUGACAAAAUUUGACAAAGAGGGAAAUGUUACUUCUUUUGAAAAGAAGAAAACUGACUUAUAUCAAGAAUUAGGUCUUCAAGCCAGAGAUUUGAGGUUUCAGCAUGUGAUGAGCAUCACAACCAGAAACAAUAGGAUUAUCAUGAGAAUGGAGUAUUUGAAAGCUGUGAUAACUCCAGAGUGUCUUCUGAUAUUAGAUUAUCGUAAUUUAAAUUUAGAGCGAUGGCUGUUCCGGGAACUCCCUUCACAGUUGGCUGGGGAAGGACAGCUUGUCACCCACCCCUUACCUUUCGAGUUCCGGGCUACAGAAGCCCUCCUACAGUAUUGGAUCAGCACUCUUCAGGGGAAACUUAGCAUUUUGCAGCCACUGAUCCUUGAGACGUUGGAAGCUUUAGUGGAUCCCAAACAUUCUUCUGUAGACAAAAGCAAACUGCACAUCUUACUACAAAAUGGCAAAAGUCUGUCAGAGUUAGAAACAGAUAUUAAAAUUUUCAAAGAAUCCAUUUUGGAGAUCUUGGAUGAAGAAGAGUUGCUGGAAGAACUGUGUCUGACAAAGUGGAGUGACCCGCAAGUCUUUGAAAAGAGCAGUGCUGGAAUCGACCAUGCGGAAGAGAUGGAGCUGCUCUUGGAAAACUACUACCGAUUAGCUGAGGAUCUUUCCAAUGCAACCCGGGAACUCAGGGUACUGAUUGACGAUUCACAAAGUAUCAUAUUCAUCAAUCUGGACAGCCACCGUAAUGUGAUGAUGAGGUUGAACCUACAGUUGACCAUGGGAACCUUCUCUCUUUCUCUCUUUGGACUAAUGGGAGUUGCUUUUGGAAUGAAUUUGGAAUCUUCCCUUGAAGAGGACCACAGAGUGUUUUGGCUGAUUACAGGAAUUAUGUUUAUGGGAAGUGGCCUCAUUUGGAGGCGUUUGCUGUCAUUCCUGGGACGACAACUAGAAGCUCCUUUGCCUCCCGUGAUGGCCUCUUUACCCAAGAAGUCCCUUCAAGCAGACAGAAGGCUGGAAAUGAAGCACAGCUUCCGGCCCGACGGUCUUGGAUCAGGCAAGAGCGUCCUGACAAACCGUUAAGAGACAUCAACACAGGAGAGACCGGGUUCCUUUUCAUGGUAGUCACAGGAAACUUCUGGUACUCUUUUUCUUUUAUAGAGUCAGACACUUGAAAAAAAAUCACUAAAAUUGUAAUGUCUGAUGAUAAAGAUAUCAUGGCGCACUCCACAAUGCUGGAACUUAACUGCAUUUUCAAAAUUGAGGAAAGAAGCAAAAACCUUAAAAUGCUGUUUUUAUAGGCAUGUGAGAAUUGAUUGUUGUAUAGAUUUUCUGAUUUGUACAUGUCUCAGGCCAAGCAAAGCCUGAAAACUUGACAGGCCCACAGUGGCGAGAUCAGGUAGCAGUUCUUAGUAAGGGGAUCAUGUUCUUGGGAACUUUGUCUCAGGUAAGAUAGGAAAAUCCAUAAACGAACUCUGAAAGUUUGUGCUUUAAAUCAGCCUGUAACGUACUGUAUUUUCUUGUAUGUGUCCCCCUUUUAUGGAUUCCAGUUAAUCAAGAUUUUAUUCUCUUGACCCCUGAAACUAUUUUUCUCUGCUUGGCUAUAAUGGAAGCCUUUGGAAGUAAUGCUGAAACUAUUUCCAUCCUGUUACUGCUCUUAGGUCACUCCCUGUCUUUAGAGUAGAUGAAAGUGUACGUAGCCCAGUUAAUCGAUAUGCCUACACCUCAGAGGUUCGAACUUCAGAGUGUCCAGAGCAGCUCUUCUACGACACAUGAUAAUGUUGGGCUUACCUGCUACUGUAAUAGGAUGUCAUGGGAGGCAGUUUAGGAGUCCAUUUACCAAGUAGUUUCGUGAUGGGAGUAAAAAUGCUAUUCCAGUAGCUGGUUCGGGAGAAGACAGAGUUGUACCUUUCCCCACUCCCAUGUGUGGUUAGAAGAGGCCACUAGAAGCUGGAGGAUGCGGUGGCCAGGCUGGGUUGGUCUCAGCACACAGUGGCCCACUCGGCACCUCCCUGUGGGUCAGGGGCACGCUUGAGGUGUGGGUGUCAGAAUGUGGGAAUACAGAACUCUCUAGCAUCAUAAAUGUGAUGACUUUGAAGACACUUUGAUAACCUUUCCCUCUCAUGGGACACUCCACUUUGUCACUAGGUAACCUAUCAUUAUGACUUCGCUGUGACAUGGGAAGAAUUGAAAGCCCAAGGGGCUUGAUUUGACUCUGAUCAGGCACAGAAUUUGGGCCUUUUUCUUUUGGGUGUGAGUUUGUGGAAUAAUUUUUUUUCCAGGAGCAACUACCUCUUAAGUGUGAUGUAGAGAAGUUAACUGGUGUUUUAUAAAGUUCUUGAAGGUGGUUAGAUCAAGGAAGAUUUCAAAAUGUCAACUCACUCUGCUACCUAAGAAGUUAGGCGAUUUUAAAUUUUGAAUUAAAAUGAGCACAAGUGUUUGGUUAUGUGAGCAAGCAGUCUUAUUCUGUUUAACAAGGUCAAGGAAUGAUAUUAGACUGUUUUUGGAAGGCCUCUAAAGAAAUGUGGCUGAAGAUAGCGAACUGUGAGAAAUUAACCACUAAAAUAAAAAGCUUUUGGGCACGUUA